ACAGCAGAAUUCUCAUGCUUCAAGGCACCUGGAUUCAUCACUGGAGCAGAUCAUCCAAGCAAAGAUUAACCAGAGUGCACUCCAAGGGAAACAAGCUGAAUUUUUUGAUUUAAUGUCACAGGCAAAGUAUGGCAAUAUGCUUCCUUCUGAGCAUCAGCUUCGUCUUCAACAAGAGCAGUUGCAAGUGCAGCAAUUAUCUAUGGCACUGAGGCAACAAUUAGGAAUGGAGGGGGAUAGGAGGCUUGCUGGUUCAUUGUCCGUGGAUGAAGUUGGUCAGUUUGUUGGGAAUCCUAGCAAUCAUCAUCAGGCUUCUUCCGUGGGCUUGAAUGCUUCAGAUAUUUACCAGCAGAGGCUGUCGCCUCUUGAAGAGCCUUACUGCUAGUCAGAAUCAUUCUUUGCAGGACCUACUGGAGCGAGGGAAUUUUGAUCCCAACUCUACAGUAUUUGGCAGAUUGAAUCUCCCUGCAGCUGCUCCUGGGAUGAAAGUAGAAAAUGCAAAUUCUCUAGAUCUAGCUGAAAAUCUUUAUAGGCUGUCCAACAACCAACUUGGUCCUUUUUCUUCAGGUAACCACUCUCUUAGCCAGCAUGUUCCAAGUAAUGCAUAUGCUUCUCAUCCUGGUGCAACGGAGAGCUUCGACUCUAGGAAAAAUGUGCGGCUAGAAAAUAGUUGGACCGUAAAACAGAUGCAACAAUUAAAUCUUGAAACAGAAUUGCAAAGAAGGGAGUCUGAAGUUGAUUCAAGCACUUGGGCAUCAGCUGGAGGGGUUCAUGAAAACUCUAAGAAAGCUUUAAUGGACCUUCAUCAAAAACUUGGUAUUCAAUCUAUGCAAUCAUCAGAAGUAGUUUGUCAACAUUCUACGUCAUCUUCUAAAGGGAGGGAAACCUUUUGGCCCGUUUUUGAGCAGCAAACUUCCAAUUUUCCUUUAAAUCAUUUUCCAAAUGAGGAAGUUCAUGAGAAUUACUUGUUUCCGGAAGGCCUUCAAAAUUCUGAUUCAAGUGCCUUGUUGCAAGAUCAUUUGCAUGGAGUUGCUGUGAGUGAUUCUGUCAACCAAAUGGGUAACUGUGAAAGAUUUCCUCUUAAAGCUGGUUCUGACUCAUUUGUAGAAGAGCAAUCAUUCUUGAUGGCCAUUGAAGACUCUUCUUGUGGUAGUUAUGCAGAUGCUAGCUUGAUGAGAAAAUCAGUUGUGGAUGUAGAAAUAGCAGAACUGGAAGCAAAGGAGAAGGAAAAUGGAAUGAAGGUUAUGAUUGCAAGGAAUGGUUCCAUGUCGGGGUCUGAGGAUAAUGUGCAAGUAGAAACAGCAUUGGAGUGUGGUGAUCUACGAAGUAGCAUCCAUAGCCGGCAUAAUUCUCUUAGUACUGAUGGGAGCAGCAGGUUGAAUGGAUAUGAAGUUGGAUUAGAUAAGUCGGUUGAUGAUGUUUUUAUUGAUAGGUCACCUUCAAUGCUGGCAAAGGGACUGGACAAAGUUUCACAGAAAUGCCCACCUGUACCAAAGGUUUCUUCAUCCCAGGAUGUCGUUUCUGAUGAAAACUCACUGGCAUUUGUCAAGCAGAAUAGUUCUACAAGCCUUGCAACUUCUGAUGAAGGAAGACAGGAGACUGCGGCACAUCUACGUGCAAUGAGGAGCAUAGAAACCGAGGCAUCGGGCAAGAAAGACGCAUGUUUUAGAAGGACGUCAUCUUGCGAUUGUGCUGAAGCAUCAUUCAUAGAGAUUCUAAAGAAGCCGGUUCUUCGUGGGACUGAAGCAGAUCCCUCUGAAGGAGUUGCACAAGCUGGACGAAGUGGCAAGAAGGGAAAAGAGGAAGACAGAUUGAUCCUGCUCUUUUAGGUUUCAAACUCACAAGUAACCGUGUAAUGAUGGGUGAGAUCCAUCGCCUUGACGAUUGACAACCACACUCGCUAUGUACAUUCCCUGUAUAUCUUUUAACCCUUUUUCUUAUAGAGAAUUUUUGUACAGAAUAUGCAUAGGCAAUUUAAUUGAUUUUU